ACAGGGACCCCACCCCACCCUUCUCUCUCUCUCUCUCUCUCUCUCUCUGUGUGUGUUUGAAAGGAAGGAAUAAUCGAUUUGCACACUGAAAUGUCGGCAAAUGAGAGAACAACUCGAGCUCUGAGGGAGAUCCAACAAAAACCUGGAAAUGACACCUGCGCAGAUUGUGGCGCACCAGAUCCCGUUUGGGGCUCCUGCUCCCUGGGGGUGUUCAUCUGUCUGGCCUGCUCUGGGAUCCACCGCAACAUCCCUGACAUCAGCAAGGUCAAGUCCCUGAGCCUCUCCCGCUGGGAGGACCACGAGGUGCAGUUCAUGGCUGAGAACGGUAAUGAGAUGAUGAAGAGUAAAUAUGAGGCUGCUGUUCCAGUGUACUACUACAAACCAACCCACAGAGACUGCCAGGUGUUGAGGGAGCAGUGGAUAAGAGCAAAGUACGAAAGGAAAGAGUUCUCUGAGCCCGGGAGGAACUUUACAUAUGAGCAAGGAACUAGAGAUGGCAUAAUGAUGAAGAGGGGGCGGGACAACGGGCAGUUCCUCAGCAGGCGAUUUGUCCUGUCAGAGAGAGAGGGGACUCUGAAGUAUUUCACCAAAUAUGACGCUAAGGAGCCUAAAGCAGUUCUCAAAGUGGACACCAUGAAUGCGACCUUCCAACCAGAGAAGAUAGGAAACCCAAACGGCCUCCAGAUUACCUACCUCAAGGAUUACAGCACCCGCAACAUCUUUGUGUACCACGACAGUGGCAAGGAGAUUGUAGACUGGUUUAAUUCAAUCCGGGCAGUUCAGCUUCACUAUCUAAAGGUGGCCUUCCCUGGAGCGACGGAUGCCGAGCUCGUACCCAAACUUACCCGGAACUUUCUGAAGGAAGGAUAUAUGGAGAAGACAGGCCCAAGGCAAACAGAGGGCUUCAAGAAACGCUGGUUCACUCUGGAUCAUAGGCGACUCAUGUACUUUAAAGAUCCCCUGGACGCCUUCGCUAAAGGCGAAGUGUUCUUGGGGAACAAGGACCACGGUUACAGCGCCUCCCCCGGCUUGCCCGCUGGCACCCAUUGCAACGGCGCCUGGCAAUACGGUAUCACCAUAGUAACACCUGACCGUUGCUUCCUGUUUACUUGCGAGGCAGAGAGCGAACAACAGGAUUGGCUGAAACACUUCAAUGAUGUCAUAAGUGCUCCGAUGUCCCCUCAGGAGUAUACAAUGGAAGCCUUGUUCAAGCACAGGCAUUGAUGGAGCAGCGGCCCGUGGGAUCAUCUCAUCUCCUCUCAGUCCUUCUCCAAUCUGACACAGGAAACCAACAGCUCCAUCACCGCCUCCUUCAGUGCUUUUGUUAAAGAUGCAGGCAAAGGAAUGCGAUUUGACCAUCAUCACCAAAAUGGUCAGACUGGAACUUUUUGGCUAAUUAUCCAAAAUAGGGACUGGAAUGUGCUGUCUGAUAAUGCAUGCGGACCAAAGCCACAAUCACUGGUAAAUACAAAAAAAUAUCUGUGGAAAAAAAUACUAAAAUGUGACAAUGAUAAUCAGUAAGUUUUUUUAUUAUCAUGUUGUUUUUUUUGUUUUUUUAAAUUGGUGACAUAUAAUCCUUGUUACCUAACUAAGGAAAUGUAGAAACAUAAUCCUUCCUGUGUGAUAAUUGGUUUAAAUGUGGCCAGAAUUUCUGUAAUUAUGAAAUAUUCAAUGCAAGAUUUAAGAGAGUUAUUUGUGAGAAAGUGAGAUGUGCCUUGUAUCAAGUAUUUUAUUUCCAAGACUGGUUAACACUAAUGAGGUGACAGCUACAGAUCAUCAACAGGAUAGAAAACAAUUGUAUAUGUGAUAGAUUCAUACUUUUAAACUACUUUCAUGACAAAAAAACAUUUAUAUUCAGUGAGAUUAUUGCAGUCGAGUUCCUGGGCUACAGCUGUAAUCUGUUGUUUAUUGUGCUGUUUCAAUCCAAAAGUUCAAAAAGAGAAUUUGCUUUACUUUUAAUUUCCAAAGUAAUAUCUUCAGACACACUACCUGUACAGUUAUAUCAUGAAUUCAACAUAUCAUUUAUGAUUUUGUGUUUAUGUUAAGGGACAUGCAGAUGUUGAUUUUGUGUGUAGUUUUUGAGAUAUGUGAGGCUGUACUUGAAAGACAAUAGAGGAGAUGUGUAAAUGCGUUGAGAUAAAAAAAUCUGGACACACUGCAAGCCAUCAGAUGGUGCAACAGUGCCUCCUUGUGAAACAAAUACACAGCACAUAUACCAAGUCUGUUGAAAACAAACAAUAAUUCUAAUGAUAAGUUAGUUUUUUCUCAUUUUUACAGAUAGUUGACAAAUUGAUACAUUUUAGUAGCAUUUUUUUGUUUUUUCUUUUUCUCUUU